UAUCCGAAUAGAUCAUGGGCUUGUCGUUUGAUCGCCAACCAGCGAUACACGACAUACAGUUCACGCUGCGCUUUUGGAUUGCAAAGCAGAAGUAGGCGUUAAAAAAAUAAGUAAUAAUGGCAGACACCGACACGAUUUCUGACGCCGAAAAGGUACGCAUAGCAUCGUCCUUCAUUCGACAUAUUCCACCAGGAGAAUUCAAUGAAGUCUUUAACUCUGUGCGAGCCUUGGUCAGAGAUGAUACAUUGUUAAAGGAGAAAGUUGUUGAUGCUAUUGCUCAGUACAAUAAUGAGCAGCUUACCCCAUGCAAAGUUGAGAAUGAAACGGUUCUCAUCACUGAAUUUGGCAAUCUUGGAGGAAGUCGAUAUCUUGCACCCAACCAAAAGAAGUCUUUCAAAUACGACCAUUUGAAGAAGGAGUCUUCAGACACUGAUAGCCAUGCUGUAGAUGAGACCUCAGAGCCAUGGCGAGUGGCUAUGGAUAAGGCUUUGGCUGGCCAUGUCAAGGAACACUUCCCAAAUGGAUUCUAUACGAUCUAUGGAAGAAGUAGCGGUGAUUCAAUCACGCUGAUUGUAUGCAUUGAAGAUCACAAAUUCAGCCCACAUAACUUCUGGAAUGGACGUUGGCGGUCACAGUUUUCAACGACUUUCUCCGGUCCUGGCAGUAAGAGUGAAAUCCGAGGGAUAAUGAAGACUCAAGUCCAUUACUAUGAAGAUGGCAACGUGCAACUGGUCAGCCACAAGGAAGUCAGGGAACAAAUAUCAAUAGGGGAUGAGGCAGCCACAGCCAAAGCCAUCUUGAAUGUGAUAGAGAAGUCAGAGAAUGACUACCAGUCCUCCAUGGUGGAAGACUACGGGGUGAUGUCUGAGACUACCUUCAAGGCCUUACGACGUCAGCUUCCUGUAACUCGCUCUAAGAUUGAUUGGAAUAAGAUAAGUGAUUAUAAACUGGGUCAGGAGUUGAAGGGGGCUGAGGCAGACUAGAAGAAGCUCCCUGCACCCUUUCGCAUUUCUAAGACAAUGCCAUUUAAUAUAAGAAAAAAGAUUACUGUUGAGUUUUGGUCACCGCUGGGCUUAUGUAUAUGAGUGGUGAGUCAUACAUAUAUAUAUAGGCACUAAAUAUUUGAAUUGUUUUUGGCUAUAAAUGUGAACUCCAAACCAGAUAUCUAUUCACUUCUUUGGAAGUUGUAGGCAAAAGCCCUGGCACUUCUAGAUACCUUUGUAAAAUGUUGGAAACUUGUCAGGUUUAGUUUUCCCAGUUAUUGAUGAAAUUCCUGGAAUUCGUCAUGAAUAUCAGCAGAUAUUUCUCAAUAUUCUCAGCAUGCCAAUUUAAUCUCAUGUAUAAGAACUGCAUUAUCCGUAUAGGUUGGCUCAUCUGUAGAUUUGGUUAUUCCCAGUCAUAAAACAAUUUAUCUGUCAUUUCUUUGGCCUUAUGUUUCUGUAAAGCUUUACAAAUUCAUGACUUUGAGUAAAAAAUAUUAUCUGAUAGGAAAUCUUUUUUUUACAAAAGCUUUUUGUAAUGUGAAAAGAGUAAUUAACUUAAGUAAGGUUGGUGUCACGAAGAUCCAGUCUCGCCUGUAAUUGAGAGAAAAAUGAAAGUCUGAAAUGGAACUGGGACCAGAUUUCAUCUAGAAAGCAUUGGAUGUACUUGUAAAGUGUGGAUGAAACAAAAGUGAAUAUGUUUGUGUUCCGUUGUGCAAAGUUCUCUACAAAACAACAAAACAGAGUGACUAAACUUGGUUUAUAAAGAUCAUUUCAAAUUUAAUAUCUUUUCGUUGUCCGCGACAUGACUUCAAACAGCCAGAUGAUACCAAAUACCCAUGUACCUUCAAACUGAUAUUGGCUUAUUUAUGUUACCCAGUAAUUACAGAUUAUUAGCGAUGACUUGCAAGGAUGAGGAAGAUUUUAUGUAAACCAGUUUAUAACGAAAAUGAAUGAGAUGUAAUUCUUUUAAUACUGAAUUACCUGUGUGAUAUUAUUUUCAUUACGAUAAAUCUUGUUAAAAGUUUACAACUUUUAUGCUGUGUAGUUAUUGAUUUUGCAGAUAUUGUAGUUAUCAAGCAAGCUUUUAUUUGCAGAUUCCUCCUCAAUUUUUGUAUUUUAUUUUUGGGUUUUUUUUGGGGCCAAAAAGGUCAGGCUGCUGUCACAUCUUUCAAUUAACCCUGACGAUCCUACAUCUGCUAAAACUCAAUAUGUGGUUUGACAGUAUUUUUUAUGGAUGCAAGAUCGCACAGCCCAAUCACAGUUACAGGCCAAUCACGGUUUGCAUGCUUUCUAAUAUUCCAAGAUGUCCCAAGAACAAUCAAGUUCUAAUGGUUUACUCUACAGUUUGGACUUGGAAGAUUAAGGAAACUUAGACACAAAUCUUAUCAUCAUGCCUUUAGAGGAUAUUUAUCAAGUAACUUUUAUAUGAUAGGUUUCUAAAAAUGUAAAAUUCAUGUAACUGUGUUAUCGGGGAACUCUUGUAUCUUUAGUUUCCGGAGCAUUAAAAUUCUCUUUCAAAUGUUAAUAUUUAUCAGGAACCAACACAAUUAUUCAUUUGGAAAGUGCAGGAUUUUUCGUCAAAAUGAUCAUUAGUUUAAUUUCUGGAGCAACAAACAGAUACAGAUUUGCAACAAAUCCUGCAUUACUUUGAAAUUGGUUCUGUAUUUGCAAGAUUGGUGAAAUCAGAAUUGAAAAAGUGUAAAGAAUAAUUUAAGACCUUAUAAGGUCUUAGUAUACAACAGAAACCUGGUUCAUGUAUUGGUAAUAGUCUCCCUGAACCUGACGGUGUAGAAGUGAUUAAAACUUCAAUUAAUGUAGCGCUUGAAUCAACACAAAGGGAACUUGAAUUAGUUAAUUUCAGAUCUACCGGUGAUCAUUAUGGAUAACAAAUUAGUUGUAGAUCUUAUUAGCACCUUAUCUUACUCUAAUAUAUUCAGCAAAAUCUUUAUAAUUUUUUUGAUACCUGUUAAUCAGCAGUUUUAUUUCAUUUAAAUAAAUGUAAUUAAUGAUACACUAAAGAAGGGGUUCGUAAAAAAUGGGAAUAAUUUCGAACAUAACACUGUAACCAGACCAGAUACAGUUAAUUAAAAAUGUAUCAGUGACGCUAUCUGUACCUGAAAAAGGCAAUACCACAUGAUUUUAAAAAUACCAAGUUUUAAGGCAGAAUCUUAUUUAAAAUAGACCAUUCAAAUUAGAAGAAAGUAUAAUGGAAAUUAUCAUUUCAUCAUAGUAACUCACAAAACAUGUACUGCUUGUAUUUUUUAUGUACACUGCGUUAUUUGCAAGACAAAAAAACCCACUGAAACUUCCAAGGGAUUAAUUUAGAGAUACAACAAGCAUAUGAAACUGCUGAAGGCGGACAAGUUUAUUAUAUGUAAACAGGUAUUUUGUAAUUAUUGCUGAGCAUGUUGUAAGCACUAUUUUACGGUUAGAACAGCUGCAGCUGUUCUCCAGAAAACUUGGCCAUGUGAAUAAACACUUCCUCCUGGUGAUGUGUCCUAUAAAUAUUGAUUUUUGUCAUUGCACAGUACCAUGUACAUUGUACCAUUUUUCAUUUGCAAUCCUUUUAACUUUUGAAGAUCUUUCAAUCAUUUUGAGACCAAAUUGGAAGCAAUGUUUGUUUGGCUAAUGGGUUACCUAAUGUCAAAGUGAAGAAGGUUAAUUGCCUUCGUUAAUACUGUUGAUCUGAUCAGAUAAAUAGUGUGUAGUUAUUUACUAAGAGGGAAAUUGAGGGAUCAGCAUUUGCAAGGUGAUAUUGGGGUACUCAGUUGCUUGGUAACUGAACUAUGCUAUUUUUGGUAAUUUUAAACAAAAACUGCAUGCCUAAAUACAAUCUUGGUAAAGGAUUGUAUGUUUGUGUCAGUUAUUUUGUUUCGAGGGUACAUCACCUCAGCAUAUUCCAGAUGUCUGUUAGCUGUCAUUCAACUGUGAGCAGUCAUAUCAUAGCUGGAAAAUGUGAAAGCAAUUCCUUAAUUUUUUAACAUACAAAUGAAUGUCUUUAUUCAUCCAAAAUUGCUGGUUAUAAGUAAUUUUGAAGUUGUAAUAACUGUUUUUGUAGCUUUGUUGCAGGCAUCAUUAAAGAUAAUCACACAACUAUAACCACUGAA